AUGCAGCUUUCAAUCAUCCUUCUGGCCUCGAUUGCUUCCCUGGCUGCGGCUCAAACGGCAACCUCCACAGCUAGCUCGCCCGCAGCUUCGUCGAGCUGUGCCGCUCAAAACAUCCUUGACGCUUGCAAGACCACCAUCCAAGGCCAGAUCAAUUCCUGCGAUGCCACCGACUAUUCAUGUCUAUGCACACAGUACGGGAACCUGUUGACGUGUUACAACAACUGCCCCAAUGACCCAGGCGUUGGGACAGUUCAGCAACAAAGAACACAGAAUUGCAACGCGGCCUCAGUGUAUGGUACCACAACCACUUUAGGUACUGCCACUUCCUCGAGCGGAUCGACCAGCGCCACCUCGACCGAGUCAUCCUCCGAAACUGCGGUUCAGACAGGCUUUGCAAGUGCCUCCGAGACCGGUGCAUCAGCCAGUGCCAGUGCAUCCGGAUCGUCCUCGACCGAUAACGCAUCUGUCCGAACGGAGGUCGGCAAAGGCCUGGUGGUGCUGGCUAUCGCUGGAUUUGGGCUUGUCCUGUAG